AUGGUUACGGAAUACAUCUCUAAAGCAAAAAAUGCGUAUUACGGAAAGUUCGCAACAACCUCAAGAUUGAUCAUGUGCCUAAUACUUGAGGGAUAUGUUACUGCAUAUUUCAUUGAUGAACCUGACAGAACCGUCGAUAUAGCUGGAGUGUGUCUAGUUCUACGACGCGUCUCAGAUCCCGCCACCAGUAUCGUUAUUGACGAUAUUCAUGCUAUUGUUCCUCUACGCGCUACCCCAGAGCUAAGUGCGUCGGCUGGGGAAACCAUCAUUCUUAACGGAAAAGACGGAACAGACGAUAGUGCCAUGGUGGCUGACAGCAGUGCAUUCAUCAAAAACUCAGGAGGCACGCGUACUCACAUCCUCAACGUUCUUCACAAACUUGGACUUGAAAAAGAGGGAUCUAAAAUAGCACUUUCCAAUGGAUACACCGCGGUCCAGCUGUGGCAUCGCUUUGCCUAUGAGAAUGACAUUCACAAAAGCACAGCUGAAGAAAUCGAAUCAGAGCUCGCUAGUUCCAUAGAGCUCCAGACUUAUUCGUAUAACUUCCCGAAACCAUGCCCAACUUUACAAUCAUCUUCUGUAGAGUGGGAGCAGGCGAAUUUAGAAGCAAAAAUUCAUCAUGCAGUGCAUAAAUCUUUGGCCAUUGGUGACCCUGCAAUGCGUCGACUCAUGCUGGACCGAGAUUCGCUCGAACCGUUACUGGACAGGCCUACAAUCCGCCUUGCAGCAAUCCCAAAAGAUGAUAUGCAAGUGUGUGGGAACUUUGAGGAGAUUGCUGCUCCCUUGGUAAAUGCAAUCCUGGCAAAGACAGGAGACACGUGCGGACAGCGCACCAAAUAUACCGGCCAUCUUUUACUUCCCAUUCAUGAGCUUCAGAUUCCUAUGAUUGAACAAAAAAUUAAAGGUGCAGAAGUACUGCCUGAGGCUAACCAUGUUACAGCAAGUGCUCUUACGUCAAUGCGCACAGUGGCUCUUCCUGGUAUAUUGGAAAGCACCACAGUCAAAUUGUGCCUUGGCAUUCGAACUACAUUCAAGCUCAAUACCAUAAUGCCCCAGGAGGUCGCGUUUGGCCCAGCUUUUAGCAAGAUUGUUAUACCCCGGCUCUCGUACGAUCGCGAUAUCCUCAUGAUUCAGGCCGAAUUAGCCAGUACAUAUCAUCUCGAUCCAAAUGUUGACAUUGCCAAGCAUUGCGCGUGUAUAAUCCGUCGAUCCAUUGAGUUUCCCGGAAACGGCCAGUCCGUGGGUGAUGACUUGUUCGCUGUCGGCUCCUCGCUUGUGGAAAAGGCCCAGAGACCUGACACUGAUGAGAUUUUGGUUACAUAUGCUUGGAACUUGGAUACUGAGGCAAAACGUGCAAAGUUCUUAGACAGAUAUAUUCGGCUGUUACUCAAGGCAUUUAUUCCCCCUUGUCGAGAUAAUGGACUCACUUUUGAAGCCCAUUUACAAAAUGUUGUCGCUCGAUUUGACCGAUCUACCGGCAAGCUCAAAGGAUUUUUGGUUCGCGAUUUGGGUGGUAUAGACGCUCAUUAUGAAACCAUAAAAAAAUCCUGCGGUAUCGAUCUGAAAGCGUUAACAAUUACCGGCUUUGGCGGUGUGGAUUCGAUGGAGAACGUUUAUCGCAAAUUCUACUAUACUUUGUUUUACUUGCACUUACAGCCCCUCAUUCAUAGGCUGGGCAUGCAUCACAACGGCUACGGAUGGCAACGUGUCCGUGUCUACUUCCGCCAACUAGUCCCUAUAAACCAUCCUAUGUAUCAGUAUUUUAUGGAACAGGAAAAGAUACCUACCAAGUGCUGUCUACGCUCAAAAAUAGGAAACGCGGGUCCGAAGGGAAUUUAUCGGCCGAUGCUUAAUUUAGUUCUGAGUCGUCCGCGAGACCACCAUUACCUUGAAGAAACUCACUAA